AUGGCGUCUCUCAUCCAGCAGUCAGAUCCAGGAUAGACCAGGAAAUAUUGGGGGACGGUCGGCAUAUGCAAGGGAAACAGCGGUCUGGGUAUCCUGGUCUACUUACUCGACGAUAUAUAUCUCGGUAUAUAUAUUGACCAGCCUCACCGCCAUCCACGAUUGUUUCUCCAACUCUCCAUCAUCGCAAUGCUGCCCGCCAUUAGAUACACAAGUCAAAUUGCAAUCCUUACCCUCCUGGGUCUCUAUCUAGCCUCACGAGCGAGAUCGCUCUCCCUCUUGUACAACAACCAUCCAGAACGACUGAAUGAGGUCAACCAACUACCCCACUAUGCCAUCAAAUACGCCGACCGCAUCCGCAACUGCGAGGAUGCCGUGAUGGUGCCCGAGGACGGGCUGGCCAUCCUCAGCUGCGAUCCAGGUCGCGACCGCUGGAACACCGUCAUGGGCACCUUCACCGAAGACAAGAGCCUCAUCCCUCACGGCGAUCUAACCAUCUACCGUUACACAAACGCCGAAGACGACGACAAGGCGCUCACCACCAUCGAGCUGGUCGACUUCCCCGAGAUCGACAUGUUCCACCCCCUAGGCGUCGAGUACCACCGUCCGAGCGGACAGCUCUUCGUCUGCAACCACCACUACGAUGGGUCGCGCGUCGAGAUCUUCAGCCUCGACCUGUCCGACCCCAGCCACCCGACCGCCCAUUACCAGCGCACGCUAAUUGACGCGAUCAUCCGGGCGCCCAACGCUAUCCUCGCGCUCAGCGCGCAAGAGCUUUACAUCACCAACGACCACCACUACCUCCAACGAACGCAUCCGAAACUUGCCAAGACCGAGACGCUCAGCGGGGCUCCGGGUGGUGCCCUGGUCUACGCUAAUACCCAAACGGGCGAGAUGCGACGCGUCGCACGGAUCCCGUUCGCGAACGGGGUCGCGCGGGUGAACGCGUCCACCGUCGCUGUGGCAUCGACAUCCACAGCGGCCGUCUACCUGUAUGAGAUCCAACCCCACGACUACUCCGUCCGGUUUUUUCAUAGCAUCCCCGUGCCCUUCUUCCCGGAUAACCUGGAGACCGAUCAGGCGGGGGUGCUGCUGAUCGCGGGACAUCCGUCCAUGCAGGGUCUCGAGGCGACCGUAAAGGCGCGGCUGCAGUGUACGGGGGUGCUGUCGGAGGAGGGAAAGUGUUACAAGGCGGGGGCGCCAAGCUGGGUGGCGGAGUGGACGGAGGAGCGGGGGGUGCGUGAUCUGUAUGUCAGUCGGGGGGAGUUCGGGAGUAGUUCGACGGCGGGGCGGGAUGCGGAGAGAGGAGUGGGUCUGGUGACGGGGUUGUAUGAACACGGAAUUUUGGUCUGGAGUGAGUCUGGGCAUUAGAUGCUUGGCAUAGCAAUUCGAAGCUUAUUCCUUGGAUCUAUGGCUGGUAUACUUGGAGUUUAUAUUCGAGAGACAAUGGCGUUCGUCAGGAACUGCAUGGGUACAAUGGCUCACGAUUUGAGCCAGAUUGGCCCUGGACAUAUAAGAAUAAUGUUUGAUCAAUAUUGGACUCGAUUGUCCAU